AUGACAAGCCCCGAUUAUUACAAGAUCUUGGGCAUCACCCAAGAUGCGACCCAACAACAGAUCCGCACUGCCUACAAGAGGGAAUCACUGAAGUCCCACCCGGAUCGAGUCCCCGCCGACUCACCAGAGCGACCAUCCCGCACCAGGAAGUUCCAAGACAUCAACGACGCCUACUAUACCCUCUCUGACCCCACGCGUCGUCGCGAAUAUGACUCCACUCGCGCCUUUGAGACGGAGACUGAAGCGGAGGAAGAAGUCCCACCCGGUGGCUUCUCUUGGUCCAACUUUGGAUUCGGUGGUACUGCAGGUGGCAGUCGCGAUGAACGGGACAGUAGCCAAUUCGGGUCGGUCUUCGAGGAGAUGCUGAGAGAGGAAGGUCUUGCGGAGGAAGAUGACGGCCAAGGCGGCCGAAGGACUCGCCCAACCGGGAGGUUCUGGGCUCUCGUGGGCGGUGUCAGUGGAGGUGCCAUGGGCUUCAUUGUCGGCAACUUUCCUGGCGCCCUCGCUGGUGCUGUUGCGGGUAAUCGCCUAGGUGCUGUCCGUGACGCAAAGGGCAAGAGUGUCUAUGAGGUCUUCUUGGAUCUUCCGACGCCGGAUCGCACCAGGCUGUUGAGCGAGCUCGCGGCGAAGGUCUUCCAGUCUACUAUGGGCCACUGA